AUGGGCGGAUCACGGUUCAGCUGUGACACCGGCGAAGCCACUGCGGCAGCAAGAAGUGAAGAUGUGAAGAAUGUUACUAGCUAUAUUGGCUAUAUUGGUGAAGAGAUUGUCUUGAAGGCAGAAGUUGAUUCAUCAUGGACUCUUGAACGUAUUCGGUGGUCUAUUUAUAGCAACUUUACUCGCAUUGCGACCUUUGAAAACAAUGAAAUUAAAGUCAAUAGGUGGCCACCAUUCAAGGGCCGACUUGAAAUGAGCAAGUCAGGAGAUUUAACAAUUAAAAAUUUAAUGGCUAACGACUCUAUGGAAUACACAGUGUUUGUCAAAGGACAAACAGAAGAAAAAACCAGCCAUGUCCAGCUAAAUGUUAGAGAACAAUUCACUGAGCCUAAAAUAAAAGUGGACAACGGUUUAGGUGUAAACAAAUGUAUAAUUGAACUGAAGUGCAAAUCACUAGGCCAUAACAUUACUCUCAAAUGGGAACCUGAGCCUUCCUUCAAGGAGCGAUUCCGCAGUAGUUAUGUCAAUGAAACCGAAGAGUUAUUGAUGUGGACAUCCUUCAGCAACAGAGAUGUAAACUUCUUCUGCAUCGCUACUGACCACAAUCGCAAUAAGACAAGUCAUGUGAGAGUGAAAUGUCCAGGUAUGUUUACCACACAUCUUAUUUCUUAAAUAAAUAAAUCAGCAUAUAGAAUAUGAACUGUUUACAA